AUGGAUCAGUGGGCUGCUGUGGAUCCUGAUCAGAAACCUUUGUGCAGGGGUGGCAUACAGGAGAACGAUGAUCCCCUGGUGACUCUGAGUAAGUAUCCCAUGGAGGCUGUGGGGUCUUUGCAGCUGCCAGCCGAGGACAGGGCGGCGAGUGAGACCGAGGAGGAGAAUCCUGGGGAGGAAGGCCCUGAGAUUGUGGAACUGGAUCCAGUGUUGCUGGGCAGGCCGGAGGGGGCUGGGGCCAGGAGCCCGGAGGAGCAGGGCCCGGCCUGCGAGAGCCUGCGUUGGACGGUGGUGCAGCAGAUCGACUCCCCCGGGAAGCCGGUGCAGCGGCGAGGCGGCGGGGGCAAGUCGGCUGGCGCCAGCUUCCAGAACUUCAAGAGCAUCAUCGUGCUGCAGAAGAGCUAUGAGUGUGGCGAGUGCGGCAAGACCUUCAGCUGCAGCUCGCACUUCAGCAAGCACCGGCGCACCCACACCGGUGAGAAGCCCUUCCGCUGCCUGCACUGCGGGAAGAGCUUCAACGUCAGCUCCAACCUCUACCGCCACCAGCGGGCCCACGCUACCGAACGGCCCUAUAAGUGCGAGGAGUGUGGCAAGAGUUUCCGGCGCAACACGGAACUGGUGACCCACCAGCGGCUGCACACGGGGCGCCUGCCCUUCCAGUGCGCCCACUGCGGGAAGAGCUUCUCCUGGAGCUCCCACUUCGACCGGCACCAGCGCAUCCACACUGGCGAGAAGCCCUACCAGUGCCCCGAGUGCGGGAAGUGCUUCAGCCGCAGCUCCCACCUCUACCGGCACCAGCGCACCCACGCCGGGGGCCGCUCCUACAUCUGCACGUACUGUGGGCGCAGCUUCAACAGCACCCUGCACUUCGACCGGCAUCAGCGCACCCACACUGGCCUGCGCCCCUACAAAUGCACUCUGUGCGGCAAGGGCUUUGGUGAUGGGCUGGCCCUGGUCAAGCACCAGCGCCUGCAUCUGGGGGAUGGGCCCUUCCACUGUGAAGAGUGCGGCAAGAGCUUCGGGGCGAGGGCACAGUACGCCCGGCACCGGCGCAGCCUGCAUGGCACUACUGCCGGUAGCACUGGCGGCGAGAAGCCCUACCGCUGCGGUGACUGUGGCAAGAGCUUCUCCUGGAGCUCCCACUGGGAGCGGCACCAGCGUAUCCACACCGGGGAGCGCCCCUACCAGUGCAGCGACUGUGGCAAGCGCUUCGGCCGAACCUCCCACCUCUACCGGCACCAGCGCACCCACGCCGGCGGCCAGCCCCACGUCUGCGCUGACUGCGGCAAGAGCUUCAACAGCACCCUGCACUUCCACAAGCACCGGCGGGCCCACGCUGGCGAAGCCCCCUGCCACGCCUGCCCCGACUGUGGCAAGGCAUUCGCCGAUGGCUCUGCUCUGGCCAAGCACCGGCGCACCCACACCGGAGAGCGGCCCUUCCCUUGCCCCCAGUGUGGCCGGCGCUUCAGCGUCAGCUCCCACCUGUACCGCCACCUGAGGAGCCAUGCUGAGGAGAAGCCACUGGAGGAGAUCGCGUCCUACUAG